GACUCUUAAAAUGUUACCAGACAAACUGAUUUGAGUAUGGUCAUUAAAAAGAGCCCUCACUAACAAGAGCGAAGCUCAUCUGUGAUCAUCGGUGAUAUCGCCAGAGCCGAGCCCUCUCGUACUCGUUAUUUUUAAACUUCCUUGUUUUACUCUCUCUCUCUUCUCGAGCAAUCGAACUCUUUUACUUCUUCAAUGGAUCUUUCUCUCCCUGCAAAUUCGCAUUCACUUUCUCUCUCUAAAGAUCCCCUUCUGCUCAAAUCACGUCGUUUAAGACCAUUUUUCAAUUUCCCCAAUCCUAGUUUUAAAUCCAGAGUGUUUUUCAAAAAACCUUUGGUUUGGCGCCAAAAUCACCCAAUCAGAGCUCAAAACACGAUUCAGAGCGAUGUUGAUGGUUUUGUCCUGGAAGACGUCCCUCACUUGACAAAUUUCCUCCCUGAUUUACCGUUGUACCCAAACCCAUUGCAAAAGAGCCCUGCCUACGCCAUAGUCAAGCAAACUUUUGUCAGCCCAGAAGAUGUGGUAGCACAGCAAAUUGUUGUUCAGAAGGACAGUCCUCGAGGAGUGCACUUUCGUCGUGCAGGGCCUCGAGAAAUGGUAUAUUUCAAGUCAGAGGAAGUGCGUGCUUGUAUUGUGACAUGCGGUGGUUUAUGCCCAGGGAUCAAUACAGUGAUUAGGGAGAUAGUCUGUGGCUUGAAUUAUAUGUAUGGUGCUAAUGACAUACUUGGAAUUGUGGGUGGAUAUAGAGGCUUUUACUCUAAAAAUACCAUGCAAUUGACUCCUAAAGUUGUCAAUGAUAUCCAUAAACGUGGUGGCACCUUUCUUCAGACUUCACGAGGCGGUCAUGAUACCCAUAAGAUAGUUGAUAAUAUUCAAGACCGAGGGAUAAACCAGGUGUACAUAAUUGGAGGUGAUGGUACUCAAAAAGGAGCAGCUGCCAUUUAUAAAGAAGUUGAGAGACGUGGUCUCCAAGUAGCAGUAGCUGGAAUCCCGAAGACAAUUGACAAUGAUAUUGCAGUGAUAGACAAAUCUUUUGGUUUUGACACUGCCGUUGAAGAAGCUCAGAGGGCAAUUAAUGCUGCGCAUGUGGAGGUUGAGAGUGUGGAAAAUGGAGUUGGGAUAGUGAAACUUAUGGGUCGAUACAGUGGGUUCAUCGCUAUGUAUGCAACUUUGGCAAGCCGAGAUGUGGAUUGUUGCUUGAUUCCAGAGUCUCCAUUCUAUCUAGAAGGUGAAGGUGGACUUUUUGAGUUUGUUGAAGAGCGGCUUAAAGAAAACAGGCAUGUGGUGAUCGUGUUGGCAGAGGGAGCAGGACAGGAAUAUAUUGCCCAAGGCAUGCGUGCAGUCGAUGAGAAAGACGCAUCAGGAAACAGGCUUCUUUUAGAUGUUGGUCUAUGGUUAACUCAAGAGAUUAAGGAUCAUUUCACAAGUGUCCAGAAGAUGGCAAUAAAUCUAAAAUACAUAGAUCCAACAUACAUGAUCCGAGCUAUUCCCAGUAAUGCAUCCGACAAUAUCUAUUGUUCACUUCUUGCUCAUAGUGCGGUUCACGGGGCCAUGGCAGGGUAUACUGGCUUCACAGUUGGACCCGUAAACAGCAGACAUGCCUAUAUUCCAAUUGCGUGUGUGACCGAUACUCAGAACACUGUCAAGUUGACGGACAGGAUGUGGGCUAGACUUCUUGCAUCCACAAACCAACCCAGUUUCCUACUACGAAAUAAGCUUAUGCAAGAAAGAAUUGACAGAGAGACCAUUGAUGAGAUCAACAACAUGAAGAUUACUUCUAUCUAGAUGUUAUGGAUCUAAGCAACGAACAAUGUAAGUACAACUUUACUAGUUUUACUUGCCACUAUGCUUUCAAUCUCCAUCUUUCGCAGUUCAAUUAAGAAACUUUCAUAUGGCUCACAUCAAGCAGAUAAUUGUCUGGUAAUCAUUUAUUCUAGGUUUAUGAAUAUGUACGUUUGUAUUCGCAAAACUUCAAUUAAAUCGCUGUUUAUAGAAGAAAUUCUUAUAUAAUCAAUCACCACCACCAUUCUUACCUUUUAUCUCA